CAAUAAUUUCAAUUUUAUACUUGUAUGUAGCACAUUGAGCAUUUUCUAAACAUUUAGAAGAAACCUUUGAACGGAGAAGUAACAAACUUGGGAAAAUGAUGAUGCUGUAUUUUCUUGUAGUUUAUAGUUUCCUUUACACUGGAUGCUUUACUUCAGGUGCCCUGAUAGAAGAGCAGCAAUGUUCAAGAUACCACUAUGAGGCUCAAACUUUGGAAAGAAUUAUCAAGGCAGAGAUAAAUCAAGUUGCUGUUCAAAAUGAGGUCACAAUAUUAAAGAAAACAGUAGAGCAAGAGGCGGAAGAAAGAAAAAAGGAUCAGUCCAAAUUUGCCGACAAAGUAGAUGUGCUGCAACAAGAGUUCGAUAAUUUCGUCAGGAACAUUUCUAGUAUACAAGAGAAGAAAAAUCUCCCGACUUCAAGUUCGAUGAGACAAUUUUGUCAAACAAACGAGACGUGCAGUGACGUUAAGAAUUCAGAAUGUAAAUGGAUGUCUUGUAAAUGUAAACCUGGCAUGAGCUACCACCAUGACACGAAAACAUGUCUCUCUGAUUGUGGACACUACGGGUAUGGUAACACUUACCAGGUUGAAAUGGACGCAGUGUUGUCUGGCUUUGCCACUAAAACUUUAAAAGCUAUCUCAUUAGAAGAUUGUGUUCAAAGUUGUACCGCGGAAAAAAGUUUUGUUUGCAGAACUGCAGAGUAUCAAAAGGCAACCAAAAUUUGUUAUUUGUCCUGGGAAACUCUGCACACAAAUCCAGAAGUUCACGAGAAGAAUCGUCAGGACUAUGUUACAUAUACCAGAGAUUGCAACUAGGUCUGUGGUUUCAACAUGUAUCUUGUAAUCUUCGCUGGCCUUUUUUAUAUCUUGCAAUAUGAAAAAAGGAAUGAGCUGAACAUUUUGACUUAAAAAAACAACAUUUAUUAUAUAAAAGCAGAGUCCAUAAAUUUUUUGAUAUGU